AUGUUCUCGCUGAACGCCAGGAUCACCGCGCCCAGCUGCGUGGCCAGCCCCAGGGCCAGGACGGUGGCGCGGGCGCAGCACAAGGACAACAACUAUCUGGUCUACCGCCGCGACCUCACGAUCGCUGCGCCGCUGUACUCCGCAGCCCUCCUGGCGGCCCUCACGGGCGCCCCCGAGGCCGGCGCGAAGGAGUGCGAGGUCGGCGAGCCCGCGUUCGGCGGCAUCAGGUUCUGCGAGACCAAGGAGGGCACGGGCCCGUCGCCGGUGAAGGGCGCGCUCGUGCGGUGCCACUACACCGGGCGCCUGGCCUCGAACAACCGCGUCUUCGACAGCUCCUACGAGCGCGGCCGCCCGCUCCCUUUCACCGUCGGCGUGCGGCAGGUGAUCCAGGGCUGGGACGUGGGGAUCCUGGGGAGCGAGGAUGGCACGAUCCCGCCCAUGAAGGAGGGUGGCAAGCGGCGCCUGUACAUCCCCGCGGCUCUGGCGUACGGGGACCGGGGUGCGGGGGGAGUGAUCCCGCCGGGCGCGGACCUGGUGUUCGACGUCGAGCUGCUCCCGCGGAAGAAGUGA